AUGGCUACCUACACUGCUUACAGUGGCUACAGCAAGCCACCUCAGUCUUACGCUGGGUCCUACUACGAUGAGAAACAGGCCAGAGCCUAUGCAGACUAUCAAGACUCUAUAUAUGAAGAGAAGCAGAGAAUCGCGAAAAAGGACCGCCGUGAAGCCAUCUGCUGUGAGGUUGUAGCCCUCAUCAUUGGUUUCAUUGGACUAAUCGGUGUGGCAGCCGUGACAGGCCUGCCAAUGUGGAAGGUAACGGCUUUCAUUGAGGAAAACAUUAUUGUCAUGGAGACACGUUGGGAGGGUUUGUGGAUGAACUGCUACAGACAAGCCAACAUCAGGAUGCAAUGUAAGGUGUACGAUUCCCUGCUGUUUCUGCCACCAGACCUCCAGGCUGCCAGGGGUCUGAUGUGUGCCUCUGUGGCUCUGACUAGCUUUGCCCUGAUCGUCUCGGCAGUGGGGAUGAAGUGUACUAAGGUGGUGGACCAUCGAGCUCGUACCAAGCACAUUGUCCUUGUGGCAGGAGGCUGUCUGUUCCUCAUGGGCUGCAUCACCACCUUAAUCCCUGUGUCCUGGACCGGCCACGUCAUAAUCAGAGAUUUCUACAACCCUCUGCUGAUCGAUGCACAGCGCAGGGAGCUGGGGGAGGCUCUUUACAUCGGCUGGGUGACCUCAGCUUUGCUUUUCACUGCCGGAGUGAUCCUGCUGUGCCGUCACGCUCCACGCACCCAAGACCCAGACGAGAGAAUUGUAUACAACCCCGGGGAAAAUAUCUACCAGCCUGGAUACACAUACCAGCCGUAUACCUACCAGCCAGCAUACACCUACGGGCCUGCCUACUCUCAACCCCCACCAGGAUCUGUGGCAUACACACCAAGUCAGUACUAGAGAGAAAAAUCAAGCACAGAGACAAUUAAUGACUCUUUAAUGCUUCUUUGUUUUACCUACCACAAUUUGGUAGAUCUGAAGAGGAAAAUCAUGUAAUGUUGACAGAGACUGUUAAUGGAGAUGCCCUCAUGUUUCACCUUUCUAAAGAGAGUCAAGUUUUUUAACUGAAUGUGUUCUGAUCAUCAACUGCUUUGUUUGUUUUCAUAUGAUUUACACUAAAUUUGAUGGGACAUUCAGGUAGCCCAUUUAAUCUGUAAUUCACAGUUUUACAGCCUCUGCUGACAUGCUCUUUGAGAAAAAUUAUGCACUAGGCCUUCAUCAAAUUACAUACCUCCAGCAGAUUUUAAUUUACUGUUUGAGUUUUUGUUGUAAAUGUAAAUAUUUUUUCAAUAUAUUGGCCUAGAGUUGAGAUCAUUUUUGGUUUCUAAUAAAGG